UAACAUUGAUAAUAAUAAUGUACCAAAUUACUAAACCAACUGCGAACUUCCAUCAUUCAGUGUGCUUCCUUUAUUUUUUUUAGAGCAAUUUUAAAUAAUAUUUUAAUUUUAAGAUUUAGACAUUUUGAUGGCAAUUGUGCUGUCAUGUUUCAAAAGAUGCUUCGAUGGCAUCAAGUACACAGAACAUACAUCCUUUCCACUAAUCAACCCUAUAUGUUUGGAUACCAGCCGAAUGGGUAAUGAAGUAGUGAUCGUGAAAAAUGGUACUAGAAUAUGCGGUAGUGGUGGUGUCUUGUGUACUGCACCAAUAGUGCAAAAUAAAUGUUACUUUGAAGUAAAAGUACAACAAUCUGGAAUCUGGGGAGUAGGUUUAGCUCUGAAUGAUGUAGAUCUGUGUAAAGCACCAGGUGGUCAUGAUCAAUACUCGUGGGUGUUGUGCAAUGAUGGAGCACAACGACAUAACCAGCAAGUUUUAAAAGCUAUAGAUAAUACUAUUGAAGAAGGUGAUAUUAUUGGUAUUUACUAUGAUCAUGUCGAAUUAAAUUAUUCAAUUAAUGGCCAACCAGUAAAUGAACCGAUUACAGGAAUAAGAGGAACUGUAUUUCCAGCUUUAUUUGUGGAUGAUGGUGCAAUAUUAGACAUUGUGUUGGAAAGAUUUUCAUACCCACCAUCUAAUGGUUAUGAUAAAAUCAUGUUAGAACAAUCUAUACUUUAACUAUAAUAUAUUGCUUAAAUAUUAAAGGAACAACAAAUAACAAAUUAAUCAUUCCAUUAAUAAUAAAUUAUAAUUUUGUAUUUUUUCUAUAAAUUAUUUUAUUUUUAUGUAUAUAUUAAGCCCAAUUGUAAACUAAUAAAUUAAAUAUUAUUAAAUAAUUAUAUUAAUUGAACAUUUAGAAGGUUUAUUAUAUUAGUACAUUAGGUAUACAAUAAAAUAAUACUAUUAAAUAUUUUUAUUAGCUUAAAAAAACUUCGUUCUCGGAUAACUAAACUAUGAAAAAAAAACAACUAUUCAUUUAUAAUUUAUAUACACUACAGAUAAAUAUUCAAAAUAUUUGUUUUAGUGUUCCUAUGAAUUGCGUUUCUCAACCUUAUGUCAUUUAUAUACCUCUUUACCUCUCACCAUUGCUCUAUGUAACCAUAGGUACACGCCAAGUAUAAUAUUAUAUUAUAUUUAAUAUAGAAUAUCUACUUAUAUAUUUUUUAAAAAUCGACUUUUGUGUCAACAAUUAACAAAUUAUUAAAUAUUUCACAAAUAACAAAUUAUUUCAAAUACAUUUUUCUCGGGUAUCCCCUUAUAUUUUUUCACACGCCCUUGGUAAGCAAACGCUGCUAUAAACAAAACAAUGUAUACUUUGUGCCUUCUAACUGUUCGUAGUCACCCUAAGAUAAAAUUUUUCAAUUUUAUUAUAUACAUUAUACAUAGUACAACUAGUUUAAUUAUAGGUUAUUUAAGUUAUUUUUUUAAUUUUACAAAUAUAACCUUUACAUCAGCAAUAUUGUAAGUCCUUUAAACAAAACUUAUUAAUAUGAUCAGUAUUUUAAAAAUAAUGUAACUAAUAGUUAAUCCAAUAUUUAAAAUGAAUUAUAAGACUAAAAAAUAUUUUAAUAUUUAUUUUUCUUUACUGUUAUUUCACUGUAUACAUUAAAACAAUGUUAUAGUAACAUUUUACUCUUCUUCUAUUCAUAGUUAAAUAUGUUAUAUUAUUUUAUGUACUUAAUAUCCAUCUACCUUUGUGUUACGUGUAUAAUAUAUAAUACAAUUAGUUUAAAUUAUAUAUGAACAAUAAAAUCAGAAUCUCAGUUUAUAAAAAAUAUAUUUAAUUUUUUUAAACCAUAUUUUAUGUUAAUCUUCUAUUUAUAUUCAUUUUUGAAAAUAAAAAUAACAUUUUUUUGUGUUAAUGAUAA